AUGGCUGCUGCAACAACGCAUGCAAUGAGCAAUCCUGAUCUCGUCCGCGAGAUCAUACAAUAUCUAUCUCCUAAAGGAACUGAAGGCGAUGUCACAAGGACAAAUAUACAUGCUCUAGUGUGCUGCUCUCGCGUGAACAAGACGUUUUCAGUCAACGCCUUGGAUCUCCUCUGGGAGCAGCUCGACUCCCUCCUUCCUGUCUUGAAGUUGCUUCCAUCAUUCGUGCUGAAGGAACGCCACUUGCAAGACGAAUUGACCGACUUUUCUGACGACGAAGAGGAUACUGAGACCGACAUGGAUGACUAUGAACUGAUUUACUACUUACAGGACAUACCCACAGCACAGGAAUGGGCUCACCUCCAACAAUACGCGGAACGUGUACGCUUACUCGAGCUCAACAGCGAAAGCUCGACCCUACCCGCUGUUCUCUCUCUGUUGUACUACCAUAACGGAGGUCGAUUCAUUUUACCUAGGCUGGAAUGUCUCGACUGGCGAAUCACCUCAAUCAGCAGCAGCACCGUAAUCCUGGCUCUAGUCCCAACUUCCUUACGCACCCUCACCAUUGACUUCCUGGACUUUGCCGUUAACCUCGUGGACGACACGGUUGAGGGCGACCCGUGCGAAGCAGCAACAAUCGGGAUGUUGUGGCGGUUCAUUGUCGCCGCCGUUCCUGGAUUGGAAGAAGUAACACUGCUAGAUAUUCCUCCAUCUUUCGAAUUGAUGCCAAUCAUCAAAUGCACUCAACUACGCUCAUUGAACCUCGGUGACGGACAACGUAUCGGCGUGGAUGGUAUCCUGUGGAGAGCUUUAUCUUCUUUGUCGGCCCUUGAAGCUAUAACAGGCAACUUCAACUUGCUGGAGGACCUUCAUGAGGGCGAGGAAGGAUUCUUUGCAUUGCGAAAACUAGCGCUCUGUGGCUGCGUCAGAGACGUGAAUUGCCUCAUAGAUACCAUAUCUUCUCGACACUUGGAGUAUUUCUCCUAUGAACUUCCUUAUGACGAGGAGAAUCUCACGGCCUACCUUCUACUCUUGACAAACGUCUGCACGAAGUUCGGUGCAUCGUUACGAGUGUUCAUGACAAACAUCACAUUCGAUGCUGCCUCAGUGGCAUCCCUCAACUCUUUCGGGCGUGUUAUGCAGCCGUUAUUUUCCUUGCGCACCCUUGAAGAUAUAUCCUUCACAUUCCACGGAUGCAGCCUUCCGUUAUCGGACAAGGAUAUGCGCGAGAUCGCCAAAGCGUUUCCAGAACUCAAAGCGUUCACCCUCAUUGUCACCGAUCGCAUGCAUGAAACCGUCCCGUCCAUCGAGGCGUUCAUGGAAUUCGCGCGACGCUGUCCCCGCCUCAAAUAUCUACGGCUCCCUGCGAUACACUUUGCGAAUCUCUCGACAAAACGAAAAUUUAGGCAUACCUCUCACGGACUACAGCGUCUGAUAAUCGGGCAGCCUGGAUUUCGCAUGCAAAAGCCCGGUGCUGUGGCACGCUUCCUUGAUGCUGUAUUCCCGAACAUGGAGGCGGACGAGACGCUUCAUGGUUUCACGGAUUCCGUCCAUGACACUUACGGCUGGGAUACAGUCGUGCCCCUGCUGAAAGCACGUCAAGCGUCGCGACGCUCUCGGCAGUCCAGAGAAUCCGAACUCAAGGACGAUAGUAAACGUGAGCAUCUUCCUACUUGCCGUUACUUGACGCCGGAGAACGAAGCACAUUAA